AUGCCUACAUUUCCCUUAGGCCACACGCUCCCUCCCAACAUUCGUUCUUCCCUUUCCGCAGAUGACGGCCACAUUCUUCCACUCCACCUAGCACGGCACGAGCAGAAUAUCGCAGCGGAGCAGCGUCGAAGGCAGGCAGAACAAGGCGUCGAGCUCGAAGACCUGUCCCAGCCAAACGACAGCUCCUCCCGCGCUCCAGAGCGAACAACAAAGAAGGCCAAGAGGCGUCCACCGCCCAUAAACACAUCUUCCGCACCCCCUGAGCGCUCCCACCUCCUGACCGCCUCGCCCUCCUCCUCCCCUUCCGACGCCGAAACUACCUCCGACCCCCAGAUGCCCCGGCGAAAAGGCCGCUCACCCAACCCACCAGCGGCAGGACGGACCCCCUCGCCCGGCUCUCAAAACGGCCACGCAUCGCAAAACGGACACGCAACCGGCGCCAUGAACGGCAUCGAACACCGGCGCAAGCACGCCUCGCUGGACUCGCCCUCGUCCCAGACCGAACACCUCAUGGGUCGGGAUGACUUCUCGCUGGACAGCCCCGUGCCGGCCACGGCGACGGGGACACAUGAUGGGGGCGCGGUGUCGAGGGGGUUUACGGAGCUACCGGACAAGGAUAAGAGGAAUUUCCUGUUGCUGGUGCUGCUGUACUUCUUGCAGGGUAUACCCAUGGGGCUGGCGUCUGGGAGCGUGCCGUUCCUGCUGAAAUCGCAUCUGUCAUACGGCCAGAUUGGCGUGUUUUCGCUGGCCAGCUACCCGUACUCGCUGAAGCUGCUGUGGAGUCCGAUUGUGGACGCUGUGUGGAGUCGGAAGGUCGGACGGCGCAAGAGCUGGAUAUUGCCCAUACAGACGCUUUCAGGGUUCGGGAUGAUAUGGCUGGGUGCCCAUGCCGAGAAGAUGAUGGUGGAUGCGGGUGCGGAUGGAGGGGCUGGUGUUUGGGGGUUUACGUGGUGGUGGUUUUUUCUGGUGUUCAUGUGCGCGACGCAGGAUAUCGCAGUCGACGGCUGGGCGCUCACGCUCCUCUCCCCUGAGAACCUCUCCUACGCCUCCACAGCGCAAACCGUCGGCCUAACCGCCGGCCAAUUCCUCUCCUACACCGUCUUCCUGGCCUUUAAUUCCAAAGACUUCGCCAACAAAUGGUUCCGCACCACGCCGCUGGACCACGGCCUCAUAACGCUGGGCGGCUACCUAACCCUGUGGGGCUGGGCGUACCUGCUCGUGACGCUCGGCCUCGCCCUCCUGAAAAAGGAAGAAAGGACCAAGAACACAGAGGGCGUCUGGGAAGUCUACAAAGUCAUGGGCGGCAUCCUCAAGCUGCGCAACAUUCAGACCUUCAUCGUUAUCCACCUGAUCGCGAAAAUCGGGUUUCAGGCCAACGAUGCGGUUACGAAUCUCAAGCUGCUGGAUAAGGGGUUCAGCCAGGAAGAUCUCGCCUUGACUGUGUUGAUCGACUUCCCAUUUGAGCUCGCGCUUGGCUACUAUGCGGGCGUGUGGUCCCAGACGUACCCGCCGAUGCAGCUGUGGUGCUGGGCGUUUGUGGGACGCCUGAUCGCGGCGGGGUUUGCGCAGUUUGUGGUCAUGAUUUUCCCGGCGGGGGGCGUCACGACGUGGUACCUCCUUACGGUGAUCGUGGAGCACGUCUUCUCGACGUUCAUGAGCACGGUCAUGUUCGUUGCAGUCUCGGCGUUCCAUGCCAGGAUCGCGGAUCCGGUCAUUGGGGGGACGUAUAUGACGUUGCUGGCUACCGUCUCCAACCUCGGCGGCACCUUCCCCCGCUACUUCAUCCUCAAGUUCGUCGACCUCUUCACCGCCGCAACUUGCUCGCCCCCCUCUUCCCCCCCUAAAAACGUCGACUCCCUCAAAGGCCCCCUCGUCACGACCCCCUUCUCAUGCGCCCUCGAGGCAGACAAGCACCGCUGCAUUGACGGCGGCGGGACUUGCACCAUCACGACGGAUGGCUACUAUAUCGUCAAUGUGAUGUGCAUUAUUAUCGGCGUUGUGACGUUUUGGGGCUUUAUCCGGCCGGCGGCGGGGCGGCUGCAGGCGCUGCCGUUGCGGGCGUGGCGGUUGGCUGGGGGGUAG